AUGAAGCUUCUUUCUUUGCAUAUUGUAGCGUUCCUAUCUUCGCUUUUCCAUCCUCCACCUUUUGAGCUCAACCACGUGAAUAAUGGGGUCUGCUUCUACGUGGAGAAACCCCAGACUCUCAGAUUGUCGUUAGAUAGGCUGGAGGGUUCACUCCCAUUGAUCAUAUUCAAUCACAAGGAACUUGACCUCGUGACAAAUUUGCCUGAUAUCUUUACAUUUGCAGACGACUACAGCCACGACUAUAAGAACAUUAAAUAUGUGAAGGUAUCCAACGAAAAAACUGGGGUAUCUACAUUUUCGCUAAACAUUGACAAACUCAAAAAACCGAAAUCUGUCUACUACAACUCCCGAGCGGAGUUCCCAUUAGCAUACAAACUUAUUGAACCCAAUGGAAUAUAUUGCAUCUACGUACCUGUAUUAAACAUGCCUUCGGGCAGGUUGCCAAACAAUUUCCGAGUCCUUGCUUCGCUCGAAACAGGGCAUGCAAUGAUUCAAGAAAGCUUGUCGCAUGUAAGGUUCAAUCGUGAAAAGGUACUAAUGUUGGUUCUUUCGGUGAUCCAUGUGUUUGAAUCUUUCCGCUGGAACAAGGAAAAACUCUCCCGAGCCAAAGUCUACUACUUGACCUAUUUCGUGAUGAACAUUGCAAUCGCUUUGUUGAGUAGAUUCCUCCUUUCGGGAAUCGGCCCUAUUUAUAUGAUUCUAUUUGUGGUGGUGGGCGUUACUCUUGGCAGAGUAUUCUUCUUCAAUUUCGGAUUCUUAGAUUCUAAGAAAAAGUUGCAAUAUUUUGCACUUUGGUUGGCUGCCUAUCUGCUGCUGGUUUACGUGUUAACAUUCCUUGAACCAUACACAAACACAGUGAUGGAUGUUGAAGGCGUUACGUUCACCAAUCUUGUAAACAAUAUCUUGUUGACUGGACAUGAUAACCAAACUAUCAGUGAACUUUACUAUCAUGAUGUUUUCUUCCCAAUAGCAUAUCCGGUUGGAGCUGGUCUCCUAUUCGUUGCUAUCUUAUUAUUGUAUUCAGAGAGGAUUCUAUUGAAAAACGAGAAAAGAAAGACGGCUAUAGUCUUCCAGAGGCAGUUGGCAUCACUGGUAUUGCUCUAUGCUGUGUGGUUCACUAUGUUUGUAGCCAUUUACUACUACGUGUUUUACUUUGAGCGGAUAUACCCACGCAAUGUGCUGACAAUAUUUGAAAUUUUUGACAGCGACAAUGUAGACCACUUUAAUCGGGUCAAAGAAAUCACAAUGCACUUAGUAGCUAACGACUUGAUGAUAUGGCAACUGUCCAAAUAUGCUUUGGUGAAAGGAGAUCAGCAUUAUUCUAUGGACGAGGAGUCGGCUAUGGCUUUCGCAGACGACAAACGAUCAACGUAG